AAACACAAUUUACUCAAAACAAAUAAUUGAGAAAACUUGUGAAAACGCGAGUUUUAAAUUUUGAUUUUGUUUACUAAACGAAACAAAAUAUUAGGUACAAAAAAUAUUUGUGGUUUGUUGUUUUGCACUUGCAUAAUUAUAGCUUUUAUGAUACUAGGCACUAGCCCAUAUCAAUGAUAUUAAUUUAAACUUUGUACAUGUUGCAUUGUCUAAAUUGUGAUUUGUGGGAAAAUUGGCUUAUAGGUGUUUACUAGAAUCUUUUAUCGACACAGACGUUCUUUAUAACAAAAAAUGGCUCUAACAAACGUUCUAUUAUUAAGUCAAAUUGCGGCCUAUGUAAUUGGCCUUAUCUUCUCAUUGUGCAUAAUCGUUCCGAUGAGUAUGCAUCAAGAUGAAUUCAAUGGCCACUGCUCGCUGUUCUCAAAGGGAGCCUGGCAGGAGGAGGAUGGGCAGCUGCUGGUCACAUGGGCAUCCCGUGCCUACUGCAACUAUGUCAUUGUUGUGGGAGUUGUGAUGUUCCUUGUGUCCUGUGUUCAGAUAUACAGGAUGUCAAUGUUCAUGUACCAGGGAAUAGACAGCUCAUUCCUGUCGGCGUUCAUCGAGGCGGUGGUAUGCAUCACCCUGUGUGGGCUGGCCAUCUCUGCUGCUGUGAUGGUAACACUCGGGUUUAUGACAUGGUGUGACAAUAUUGUGGAGAGAUUUCCCAGUUGUGAGGAUGUCAGUGGCCAAGACAUAGACAAGAAGGAUAACAUCAAGACACACGGAUUUUAUAUUGAGUUGGGUAGUGCUCAGUUCGGCGCGUGGGGUGCAUUCGCGACGUGGGUGGGUCUGUCGGUGUUCUCGACGCUGAAGUUGUGCCGCUACCACCAGCUGCAGAACAUCCAGGUAUCCAUGUACCGCGAGCGUCAGCGCCUCGUCAACGACAGCGGCUCCCCGGCUGCCGAGCGCGCGCACACCCCGCUAGAACACUGAACCACUAUCACACGGACGUCCAUG